AUGAAGGAGGAGCUUUUAGCAAGGAAUAGCUACGUUAUCUUCAUGUUGCGAGGAUUGUUCACGGUAAUGCAAUCGAACAGGUUGAUAGCCUUGACGUUUGAUCGUUCACUUGCGAAGACGUUGCGUGAGACAUCUGAAAGUCGUCCGUUGUUGAGAAACGAAACGAGGAACGCUGAUGAAAAAGAGACUAUUCUAAUGACUGAACUGUCUAUU